AUGGCUACUACUACCAGUGGUGCCUUGUUCGAGGUCAUGAUCACCCUCAUCUGGACCUGCCUGCUGGUGCCUUCCGCCGGUAAGAACCGCCUCUUCCUGGCUCUGUUCUUUGACAAGUCCGUCCUCGUCGACAUCGCCGCGUCUGCCUCACUGUCCUUCUGUCCUGGCCUCCUCGAAGUCAUCCAAGCCACUGCCCCGCCUACGCUUUCGUGGUGGAAGUCGCUGCCUGACGAUCACCGUGGUCAAUGGGGCGUCUACGCUCUUGUCUUCGAGAAGAAAGGCUGUGAACCUUACAUCUACACUGGCUCCGCAACUGAUUCCAAGCGAGGUGUGACCUCUCGAUGGGCCUUGUAUGACAAGCACAACCUUUACCUUAGAGAAGACACCUACGGCCUUCCGUCUGGGGUUCUCUGGGCUUUCCAGAACGGCUACAAGAUCACGCACAAGGGUUUGCUGGUGACGACUCCCAUACCUGGAGCCAUCAACGUCCCCGCUUUCCGCCUUCUCUUCCUCGCUAUGGAAGCUACUUUCUGCUUCUACUUCUGGACAAUGCGGUCUAGAACUAAGGACUACGGUAUGGCAUCCUGCUGUCCAUGGCCUAUGGAUGCGUUCACCUAUGGCGGUCUCUGCUCGCACAGUGCACUUCACGAUGGUGUCAAGGGCAACUUCGAGCUCACCCCCCAGCAGCUCGCUGUCCUCGAUGCUGAUGUGCGUACGCGUCGGAACGCUAUCUCUGUCGCAUAUCGUGCAAAGUCGAUGGCAGUUGUUCCUGAUCGUCGUCUCGGACUGGAGCGUGGGUAUGCUGCCAUCUAUCGGGACAAGCAUCGCGACGCAUACAACGCUAGACAGCGUGCAUUCACUGCUGCUGACCCUGCUGCCGCAAACGCACGAAAAGCCCGUUCGAGAGCCAACAUCAUCGCCUCUGGUAGGCACCGGUGCCAGGAUUGUAUGAAGAACUUCGGCUCUCCUGGACCUUCACUACUGUCGCAGCGCGCUGGCGAGGCCGUCCUUGAGGUUGUCUUCGAGGUCGACGUCAACGGUAUCCUGAAGGUCACCGCUACCGAGAAGACCUCCGGCCGCAGCGCCAACAUCACCAUCUCCAACGCUGUCGGAAAGCUCUCAUCUGCCGACAUCGAGAACAUGAUCAACGACGCCCAGAAGUUCAAGUCCUCCGACGAGGCCUUCAGCAAGAAGUUCGAGUCAAGGCAACAGCUUGAGUCCUACAUCUCCCGCGUUGAGGAGAUGAUCUCCGACCCCACCACAUCCAUCCGCCUCAAGCGUGGACAGAAGGAGAAGAUCGAGUCUGCUCUCUCUGACGCCAUGGCUCAGCUCGAGGUUGAGGACGCCCCCGCUGAUGACCUGAAGAAGAAGGAGCUUGCGCUCAAGCGUACUGUCACCAAGGCCUUCUCCACCCGAUAA